AUGACUAGGUUGAGGAAUUUGCAGAAGGAAGAAGAAAAAAGGAGGAGUCCACGUAUAUCUUGCAUGAUGAAGGGUCGUGCAUUUUAUGCCAGGGGAAAAAACAAGACAAAGUUAAGAUCACCUCAACAUCUCACAUCGUCACCAAAUCAGGGUGUGAAACGUGAUGAUAUCAGAAAGAAAAAUGUUAAUGAUCAACCAUCAAAACCGCCAUCAACUAUUUUGCCAGAGAAACAAGUACUUGAACUUGUAGUUGACACUUUACAAAGAAGAGACAUCUACGAAAUAUUUGCUGAGCCAGUGGAUCCAAAUGAGGUUGAGGAUUACUAUUCAAUCAUCCAAGAACCUAUGGAUUUUGGCACUAUGAGAGCUAAACUACACGAAGGAAUGUAUAAGACUCUAGAACAUUUUGAGCAAGAUGUUUUUCUGAUAUUCAACAAUGCAAUGAAAUUUAAUUCUUCUGGUACCAUAUACUUUAGACAGGCUCGAGCUAUAAGUGAAUUAGCUAAUAAGGUUUUUGAUGUAUUAAGAAUCAGUCCUAGCAAGUUUCAAAUAGAGUUUUCGGAAACAAAACGAAUAAAUGAAAGAGAUGUUAGGGAUUCAACACACAUUAAAUCCAAUAAAACAACAACUAGUGUGCCAUCGAAUAAUGUGGCAUGCUCUUCCUAUGGUACAUCAAGCCAAAAAAGGGUCAAGAUAAAUUUUCAUGACACCUCUAAGCAUAAGCAUGCUAUAGGUAGAUGUAAAUCUAUUAGUUUUGAUAGACGUUCUACUUAUGGAAAUAUUUCCAAUGACAAAGAUGAGCUGAUAUUUUCAACUAUAUAUGACGAUAAAGUAAAGGCACUUGAACAUGUUACUCAACAAGAUAAUGGCUACAAAGAUAGUUUGAUGUUAUUUACUAGAGAUUUAGGACCCAUUGCCCAAAAAAUAGCUAAAAGGAAAUUCAUACUGCCUCUGCUUUGA